CGAUAAUUUUAUUCAUUGGAACAUUUUUUGUUUUCCUCUUUUGUUUUUUUUAAUUUGCCGAUCGCACGUAUGUAGAUACAUUAAGAAAAAAAAUGGAGGAAAUUUAGUCGUUAAGUUAUAUAUAAAUUACGGUAUCAAAGUACAUAUCUGGCUUGACACCAUAGAUAACAAGAUGACUGACAAGUGUGAUUCACCGACUACCGAAGAAAGAAUGGCGGAUGCCACUAAAACAACAUCAAACUCCUCUGGUCCCCGUUUUGAAGUGUUGGACCGAGUGAAAAAUAUUCCGGUAGUUCAUUCAGCAAUCGAAAAAACGGAAUCUACAUAUUCUUACGUUAAAGAUUCUCAUCAUUUGGUAAAUUGGGCUUUGAAUCAAGCCGAAGCAGGACUGCAUUAUGCGACCGCCACGGCCGCGCCGCUUACUGCACCCUUGGCUAAGAAAUUUGAAGGACAGAUCAAUGCUGUUGACCAGAAACUAUGCGAAGGAUUGGACAUAGUCGAACAAAAAGUUCCGAUUGUGAAGAAACCACCUCAACAGAUAUACGAUGCCGCCAAAGCGGUUAUGAGCAGCUCUUUGCAGCCAACCAUCGAAAAACUUAAUACGGCAAAAGAAUCAGCUACGCAACAAGCAUCUACGUUAAAAGAGAUCAGUAUAACUAAAGCGAAUGAACUUCUAAAUACACAAUAUGGUAACAUGGCUGUACAAGGCGUUGACAAUACUAGUGUACUUGUCAAUCGUUUAUUAGAUCAUUAUUUCCCACCGGUGGAAGGAGAAGAGAAUACACCAAGUCCCAUCUCCGCGGAUGAGAACAAAGUUCUUCAUACGGUGCAAACGAUUGGACAAUUGUCAACGAAAACCGCUAAUCGCGUUUACCAUUCGGUUGCCGCUCAAUUGAAGACAAUAAAAAAGGAGGACGUAGCGACGUACAUAUCUAGUGUAGUGUCCAUUCUUCAUUUUACACAAUACUUGCACCCUGAACAGAGACAGGCAGACGAUAAUGAGACAAAUAGUUCAACGGAGAAUAAAGACGAAGAGAAAAAGUAAACUGAAAGUUUAAAGACGUUUCAUUUGUUCAAUACGUUUAUACACGUCCGUAUCAAUACAUAAUUUAAUUUAUUACGCAUUACGAAGGAAAGCAUUAAAAAAGAAACAUAAAAUACGGAAAAUACAAAACUUGAA